UCGCACAGCCUACAGUCAGUGCAGAUUCAACUCACGGACAGAGACGCAACUCUUUGUGGUGAAGAUAAACACUGUGUCGUGGAAGACUAAUGUUGUGACCUUCGUCUGAACGGCGUUUGGAUCCCCUUGCAUAAGUAGACAUUAAUAGAGUUUCUAUCUCUAACAUUAAUCUGGAAUUAUAGUCAAGGUCUUUUCUGGGAUAUUCACAUCAGAUUUGCAGGACAGCCACGUCCUUCAGUAAUAAUAGAGCUAGGUGUUGCCGUUUCACCGCGGUGGUCUGGGAAAACUAUACUCAUAGAUAGGUUCCACCCCGGCAUGGAUGUUGGUGUUGGCACUGAAAAGAAAAGGGUGAGCUCGGAGCGCAGGAAGGAGAAGUCCCGCGAUGCCGCCCGCUCCCGCAGGGGCAAAGAGUCGGAGGUGUUCUACGAGCUGGCCCACCAGCUGCCCCUGCCCCACAAUGUGACCUCCCACCUGGACAAGGCCUCCAUCAUGAGGCUCACCAUCAGCUACCUGCGUAUGAGGAAGCUGCUCAAUGCUGACGCAGAUGUGGAGGAAGAGGAGUCCGAGUUGGACAGCCAACUCAACGGGUUCUACCUGAAGGCUCUAGAGGGCUUUCUGAUGGUGCUCUCUGAGGACGGAGACAUGGUCUAUCUCUCGGACAACGUCAGCAAGAGCAUGGGACUCACACAGUUUGAUCUGACUGGGCACAGCAUCUUUGACUUUGUACACCCUUGUGAUCACGAGGAGAUGAGAGAGAUGUUGGUCCACAGAACAGGCAAGAAGGGGAAAGAGCAAAAUACAGACCGGAGCUUCUUCCUGCGCAUGAAGUGCACGCUUACCAGCAGAGGGCGCACAGUCAACAUCAAGUCUUCCACCUGGAAGGUGCUCCACUGCAUGGGUCAUGUGCGUGUCCAGGAGCGUGAGGAGGUGUCCACCGACUGUGGCUACAAGGAGCCCCCACUCACCUACCUGGUGCUGAUCUGCGAGCCCAUUCCCCACCCGUCCAACAUUGAAGUGCCGCUGGACAGCAAGACCUUCCUCAGCCGCCACACCCUGGACAUGAAGUAUUCCUACUGCGACGAGAGGAUCACAGAACUGAUGGGCUAUGAGCCAGAUGACCUGUUGAACAAGUCCGUGUACGAGUACUAUCACGCCCUGGACUCCGAUCACCUUACCAAGACACACCACGACUUGUUUGCCAAAGGCCAGGCCACCACUGGCCAGUACCGCAUGCUGGCCAAGAAAGGUGGCUUUGUGUGGGUGGAGACCCAGGCCACGGUCAUCUACAACCCCAAAAACUCCCAGCCCCAGUGUAUCGUGUGCGUCAACUAUGUGCUGAGUGGCAUUGUGGAAGGCGAUCUGCUCCUGUCCCUGCAGCAGACCAUCACAGAGCCCAAGACUAAGAAAGCGGAGAAGGAGAAGGUGGAAAUGGACAAGGAGGAGGAGGAGGAGUUGGAGGUGAAAAUGGUGAUGGAAAAGACCUUGAAGGAGGAGGACGAGAAGGAGAAGGAGAACUCUGAGCUGAACAUCACCAAGCUCUUCAUCAGCCACAGCGAGGAGAGCGACUCCGACAGCCUCUACGAGCAGCUGAAGGCGUCCGGCUCGGACCUCACCCUGCUGGCGCCUGCCGCUGGAGACACCAUCAUCUCACUGGACUUCACCGGACCCGACUCUGACCUGCAGCUUCUGAAGGAGGUGCCACUGUACAACGACGUGAUGCUUCCUUCCACCAGCGAGAAGCUGGCCCUCUCCCCCAUGACCUCCCUGGAGUCCUCUCCGUCACUGGCCAGCCCCCUGACCCCUGACCCCGCCACCACGGCGACCAGCUCCAGCCCGGACACCAGCUCCCCAGAGCCCAGUAGUCCCUUGAAUUACUGUUUCACUGUGGACCCAGACAUCGGGGCUGAGUUCAGCAUGGACAUGGUGGAGAAGCUGUUUGCUAUAGACACCGAAGCAAGAACCCCAUUCAGCACUCAGGACAUGUGUGAUCUGGACCUGGAGAUGCGUGCUCCCUACAUCCCCAUGGACGACGACUUCCAGCUCCGCAUCCCGUCGCCCCUGGAGACACUCCCGGUGGGCAACCUCCCCAUGGCCGACAUGAGCUCCAUAUUCCAGCCGCUGCCCUCCGACACCUCCUCCUCCUCGCCCUCUGCUUCUCCCUUCUCCUCCUCCUCCUCCCCCUCCCACUCCACCUGCUCCACCCCCGCCCCUUCUCCCGGUGUCAGGGUGGGGAGGCAGGAGCCCCUCUCUCCCGCGCCCCUGCACAUGCUGGUAGAGGGCCAAAGCACCCCCAAAUCCCCGCUGCGCGCAAUGCAUCUCCAGGACUCUGCCUCAGACGUGCAGGUGCGCAGCCUCCUAGACCGGCUCGAGGCCAGCAAACUCACCUCCAGAAUGUCAGUGGUGGACCAGUCAUCAUCUCCAAAGAUGCAGGCUCUGCAGAACAACCAACGCAAGCGCAAGCUGGAGACCACCACACUGGCCCAGGCAGUCGGACUGGGUGCUCUGCUGCAGAGUGUGGACAGCGCCUUAACGACAGAAUCUGGCAAGAGGGCCAAAGUGUUAGAGGUAAAGGGCUCCAGUGUGCUCGGCGGGAACAAGACCAUCCUCAUUCUGCCCUCUGACGUGGCGAGUCGUCUGCUAAGCAACUCGCUGGAGGCGGGCGUAGCAAAUGGCCUGCCUCAGCUGACACGUGACGACUGCGAGGUCAACGCGCCCAUCCAGGACCGCCACCACCUGCUCCAGGGAGAGGAGUUGCUGCGGGCGCUUGAUCAAGUCAUUUGAUUGCUCUCCUGCCCCCCUCUCCCUCUCUCUCUCUCUCUCUCUCUCUCUCUCUCUCUCUCUCUCUCUCUCUCUCUCUCUCUCUCUCUCUCCUGGCAAUACAGGACACCUCCACAACUCCCACCCUCCUACCCGCCCUAGAACUGUGCCCCAGAUAGCAACCCCCCCUCCCUCCUUCCCAUCUUUCUAUUUAUAUUUUCUAUACACAGUUCUUCUUACACGCCUGGCAAAUGACUUGCUACUUCUGUAAUUGUUCAGACCCAUCCCCACCAUUCCUACCACCCCUACUCCCAUGUCCCUCAAACCCACAUCCAAUCCUACCCUCCAUGCGCGCACACACACACGUCUCCCAGAGGGAAUUAGAAUGUAGAGGGCACGAUUGCCUCCUGAUUGUGGAGACCCAAAGGGUCAGGGAUGUGGUGUGUAUGUGUGUGUUUUUGUAUAUGUGUGUUAAUGGCGUUGCACAGUGGCAUCCAACUUAACCGAAGAGUUUUUUCAAAAAACACAUGUCCAGAGCACACACCUCUCACAUGGUGACCACCUCCCCAAAGAUGCCCCUCCCCACUCUCCUUACCCCCAACCCCCAUCCAAAAUAAAACAAUGUCCCUUGUUCUCAAGCAGUGUGUUGCUACAGUCGCACAAUUAUCUAUUUUCUUAAAGAAAGACAAAAACAAACAAAAGCAAAGGAUACCAGCAGUCCAUGCAAUAUACAAAAAAAGGAUUGUAAAGGAUGAUUACUUUUAAUGGAAGAUUUGAACAAUUUAUAUUUUCUCUCUGUCUGUCUUGUCUCGUUUUACUUUGUUGGCAUUGAUGUUUUUCAGUGUUCUUCUGUAGCAGUUUAAUGUUAAGAGUUUUUUUUUUUUUUUUAUGUAUGCCAACAUGCUACUCUAAGGUUUUUUUAAAAAAGAAAACAUUUUACCAUGUCGCUUUCCAUUCAUAAUCUUGUUCCAUCAUUGCGGUCCAGUUCACAGAGAUGCACGAGUGGACCGUUCAAAGAUUAAAUCGCAGAAUUAGGUUUGGCAAAAAAAUGGCAAUGUAAACUGACUGUUAAAGGGAAAUCAAGAGUCACCCCAAACCAUAGAGGGUAAAAGGCGAUACCCCUUUUCCCAGUUGGUGAGUUAGGCAAUGCGUCAUAAACACACAUUUCGGGGAUAGUUUAGAAUUCCCAACUCUAUUUGUAAUAGAUGUCUAGAAGGCUUGUUUUUGUUUUUUGCAAUCAUGUUUUAUUAGGGUGCAUUGUAACAGGUUUGUUGAUGUGUUAGACUUUGUCAGCGUAUAUGAAUAUAUAUCAAUCGUACAAAAAGGCAACUCCGCUACCAUCUUUUCACCUUAUUCAUUACAGUUCUCGGGCAGAUAAAAAUGCAUGUAUCAAGACAAUUUCUUUCCUACUGUGCUCAUCAAGAUCAUCUUGUAAGUAACAAUGUUAGCGUUGUUAACUGCAGCUAGAUAAUUUUGUCUUUUCAUAUUUUAGAAAUGCUGUUUUCCUCUGUGAUUCAUCAUAUUGUAAGCCUUUGUUUUAAUUCAUCUCUGCACCCGUAUUCUCUUAACACUAAAUGUAUCGUUUAUUGCAUCAUCAGUAAAGGACAAUUGUGGACCAGA